AACUGAACUGAAGAAACGAUUCUCCCUUUUCUUCUUCAGUGUACCCCUGCCACCUUUCAAUUCGUUGUAUCCAUCUUCUUUUGUUGUUUGUUAUUGCAGAGAACAAAAGAGGAGAAAUCUAUGGUGCGAUCUACCUGGGUCUGUCUUUUAAGUUAGAAAAUUUCAAAAUAUAAGUGCUUUUUUAAGAAGAGAGGGAGGGAAGGGGAAUAAAUCAUGGCGGCUGAUAAGUCAACAGUAACAUGCACAGUGCUAGCCAUGGAUUCCACCAACUUCUGUUACAAAGCCUGCAAGCUUUGCGAAAGGGCUCUCCCCGAUCAUCCCCCAAAUUCAUCCUGCACUGCCUGCAAGUCUAAGUUCCCCGCCUCUUUCCCCUCCCACCAACACUUGUUCCGCCUUCUCCUGUCAAUAGCAACCGAUACAAAGGUAAUGAUGGUGAUAUGCUUUGAUAGGGCUGCUAAAGUUUUGUUUGGCUGCUCUGCUCAUGAGUUCUUAGACUUCGCAAAGAUUCAUCCUUUUGCUGGUAACUCUUAACCAACCCCUCUUGUUUCUUAUUCUGAAAUCAUCCUUUGAUUUUGAGAUUUUUAUAAAAAUUCAUGCUUUUAAAAAAUAUGUUUUGAUUUCCUUUUCUUAUAUUUCUUUGGCAUUCAAAACAAGAACAGCUAUUCUUAGAUUGAUAAUUUUUACUUUGCAUUAAGUUGAUGCUAGAAAAAAAGGAAGAGCAACUAUCAUUUUUCUGCCUAAAAAGUGGGAUGGCAAGACCAUAUUGAAAUUAACAGGCCUACAGGAUAUGAAUCCCUAUUUUCCUUGUCCCUUAUUUGUUUGAGCUAUGAGUAUGACUUGAGUGGAGUCUUAUUCUGGUUCUUAAACUCAAAUAGGUGGUUUUGCACAAAUCUGUUCUUCUUUUUUGUUCCUAGCUGAAAAUGCAAGUAAAGUUCUGGAGGGAGAGAUGCUCCAAAUGACUUUGUCAAAACCAAAGAAUCUGAAUGCUCAGCAUCUAAGAGCAGUGACCAUAGUUCCUUUAAGGUCAGGUUUCCAGCCUGUAAUUCAGACCCU